UGUUUUUCCUCGCUACCGUCCUCACAUACUUGCUCCUCUUCUCUUCUCUUCUCCUCUUCUUUGCUCUCCCGCAGAAGAGAGGGAAAAACUUUCGUCUCUUCUCUUUCUUGAAAAACCAAUUUUGUUUCUUUAUCUCUUUAUAUUCAAGAACCUUUAUUUUUUGUCCUUCCAUAUUCAGAUUCAGCGUUUUACUAUCGCUGAGUUUUUUGCCUUUUUCUGAUCGGACGGCGGAGAUUGAAUCUCGCGUGAAAAGAUCGAGGUAUGCAGCAGGGUGAUCAGACGGUGUUGAGCUUAAGACCUGGUGGUGGUCGAGGGGGCAGACUCCUUGGUGGUCCUUCUUCUUCUUCAUCAUCUUCAUCUUCUUCUUCGUUAGCCUUUGGUUCCCUUUCCUCUGAUCUUCCUCUAUUUCGUCCUCAUGGCGGUGCUCCUCCUCCCUUUUCCAUUAAGGCUGGAGACACACGAUUUGAGGGUCGUGAACGUGUGCGAUACACUCGGGACCAGCUUUUACAGCUUAGGGAGGCUGUAGAAGUUGCCGAUGAGAUUCUUAAAAUCAAACGAGAAAUUGAUGCGGAACUCUUUGGUGAAGAUCAAAACUGGGGUCGUGGAGAAAGCAAUCCACCAAAUCAGAGUCAGAACCGCUACUCCGAGCCAGACAAUCGUGAUUGGCGUAACCGUUCAGCACAGUUUCCUUCUGCUGGUGAGGAGAGGUCUUGGGAAUCCCUUCGGGAUAGAGAAUUUGGAAGCCGAUAUGACUCUAGACAGACAGAAGCUACUCAAUUUAAUCGCCAGGAUCAACUCAACUCUCAGUUCUCCCGGGCACAAAUCUCUUCUAACCAAGGGGGAGGACCAGCUCCAGCUUUGGUCAAAGCUGAGGUGCCCUGGUCGGCUAGAAGGGGGAAUCUUUCUGAGAAGGAGCGUGUUCUAAAGACUGUUAAAGGGAUACUGAACAAGCUGACUCCUGAGAAGUAUGAUCUUCUGAAGGGCCAACUUAUUGAUUCUGGCAUCACAUCAGCUGAUAUCUUGAAGGGGGUUAUUUCUCUAAUAUUUGAGAAGGCUGUUCUGGAACCCACAUUUUGUCCCAUGUAUUCUCUGUUGUGUUCUGAUCUUAAUGAUAAGCUCCCCCAAUUCCCAUCUGACGAACCUGGUGGAAAAGAAAUCACAUUUUACCGAGUCCUUUUGAAUAACUGCCAAGAGGCAUUUGAGGGAGCUGACAAGCUUAGGGAAGAAGUGGGGCUGAUGACUGCCCCUGAGCAAGAGAUGGAGCGUAGGGAUAAAGAAAGGAUGGUCAAGCUCCGUACUCUAGGUAACAUUCGUUUAAUUGGUGAGCUUCUGAAGCAGAAAAUGGUUCCUGAGAAGAUAGUCCAUCACAUUGUGCAGGAACUUUUGGGCCAUGAUACUAAGGCUUGCCCUGCAGAGGAGAAUGUUGAAGCCAUUUGUCAGUUCUUCAACACUAUUGGUAAGCAGCUUGAUGAGAGUACAAAAUCACGGCGCAUAAAUGAUAUGUACUUCAGCAGACUGAAGGAAUUGACUACAAAUCCUCAGCUUGCCCCAAGACUGAGAUUUAUGGUUCGUGAUGUUCUUGAUCUUCGUGCAAACAACUGGGUUCCCAGGCGUGAGGAGGUGAAAGCCAAAACAAUCACAGAAAUCCAUUCUGAGGCUGAAAAAAAUCUUGGGCUGCGUCCAGGUGCUACCGCAAGUAUUAGAAAUAGUCGUGCUGUUUCUGGUGGUCCAAUGAGUCCUGGUCCUGGUGGUUUUCCUAUCACUCGUCCUGGUACUGGGGGUUUGAUGCCCGGAAUGCCAGGAACUCGAAGAAUGCCUGGUAUGCCUGGAAUGGACAAUGAUAAUUGGGAGGUUCCUAGGAACCGGUCAAUGCCAAGGGGUGAUGGGUCAGGUGUACUGCCUGGGGGACGUGUCCCAUCACCAUUAAUCAAUAAAUCAACUUCAAUGAAUCCGAGGCUGUUACCUCAAGGCAGUGGUGGCCUAAUGAGUGGUAGGACAAGUGCCCUGUUGCAGGGCGGUUCAACCCCUCCAGCUCGGCCAUCUAAUUCUAUUUUAGGUGCAGAGCCUGUGGGACAACCAUCUCUUUCUGCCAAACCUGUGCCUGUGGCUGUUGUGACUCCGGUUCUAGAGAAACCACUAGCACCGGCUGCAAGAAUAAAUCCAGGUCUACGGAGAAAAACACAGGCACUGUUGGAAGAAUAUUUUAGUGUUAGGCUGCUGGAUGAGGCAUUGCAAUGUGUGGAGGAACUAAAAUCUCCAUCAUACCACCCUGAGGUUGUGAAAGAAGCCAUCUCCAUUGCCUUGGAGAAAAGCCCACCCUGUGUUGAGCCGGUUUCAAGACUUCUGGAAUACUUACUUACUAAGAAAGUUCUUACACCUAGAGACAUAGGGACUGGUUGCCUGCUCUAUGGUGCCUUGUUGGAUGAUAUUAGCAUUGAUUUGCCAAAAGCACCAAAUAAUUUUGGAGAAAUAAUUGGGAAACUUGUUAUGGCUGGAGGAUUAGAUUUUAAUGUGGUGAAGGAAAUCCUAAAGAAGAUGGAAGAUGACAAGUUCCAAAAAGCUGUAUUUGAUGCAACAAUGAGGAUCAUUUGCUCUAAUCCUUCGGGCCAAGCUCUGUUGGAUGCACAGGCAUCUGAGGUCGAGGCCUGUCAGAAUCUAUCCUAAAUUUUGCAUGCUACUCUUAAUGUCUGUGUUCACAAGGACUUCUGCUUAUCUCCACUUCAAUAUAAUGUUUCCUACGUUUUCCCCUGCUUUUUGAGGCGAGCAACUUGUAUUAUUUGAUAAAGGUGGAGCUGCCAAGGACAGGUAAAAUUUUAUUGAGUUGUAUAUUUCUCCGAGGUCAUAGCGGUGUGUUUAUUGAGAAAAGAAAUUAAAACCAUAAUGCCAUGGAUUUUGUCCUCGAGUGUGGCUAAUACAUGCCAGAGUUCUCGGGAAGAGUGGUCACCUGUUUAAGGGAUCCAGUUGUUUUUGUAUUUGAUUAGUUUUUUGAUAAAUUUUUUGACUUGAGUAAUUUAGUUUAUUGUUGAACUUA